AUGGGGUGCUUGGGCAACAGCAAGACCGCGGAGGACCAGGGCGUGGACGAGAAGGAGCGCCGCGAGGCCAACAAGAAGAUCGAGAAGCAGCUGCAGAAAGAGCGCCUGGCUUACAAAGCGACCCACCGCCUGCUGCUGCUGGGGGCCGGCGAGUCGGGCAAAAGCACCAUCGUCAAACAGAUGCGGAUCCUGCACGUCAACGGGUUCAACCCCGAGGAGAAGAAACAGAAAAUUCUAGACAUCAGGAAAAAUGUCAAAGAUGCUAUUGUGACAAUUGUCUCAGCAAUGAGUACUAUCAUACCUCCAGUCCCGCUGGCCAACCCUGAAAACCAAUUUCGAUCAGAUUAUAUCAAGAGCAUUGCCCCAAUCACUGACUUUGAAUAUUCCCAGGAAUUCUUCGAUCACGUGAAGAAGCUCUGGGAUGACGAGGGGGUGAAGGCCUGCUUUGAGAGAUCCAAUGAAUACCAGCUGAUCGACUGUGCACAAUACUUCCUGGAGAGAAUCGACAGCGUCAGCCUGGUGGAUUACACUCCCACAGACCAGGACCUCCUCAGGUGCAGAGUGCUGACCUCAGGCAUUUUUGAGACACGAUUCCAGGUGGAUAAAGUGAACUUCCACAUGUUUGAUGUCGGUGGCCAGAGGGAUGAGAGAAGAAAGUGGAUUCAAUGCUUCAAUGAUGUCACUGCAAUCAUUUACGUGGCCGCCUGCAGCAGCUACAACAUGGUAAUCCGGGAAGACAACAACACCAACAGACUGAGAGAAUCGCUGGACCUUUUUGAAAGCAUCUGGAACAACAGGUGGUUACGGACCAUAUCUAUCAUCUUGUUCUUGAACAAACAGGAUAUGCUUGCCGAAAAGGUCUUGGCAGGAAAGUCAAAAAUUGAAGACUAUUUCCCGGAGUAUGCAAAUUAUACUGUUCCUGAAGACGCCACACCAGAUGCAGGCGAAGACCCCAAAGUUACAAGAGCUAAGUUCUUUAUCCGAGAUCUGUUCUUGAGAAUCAGCACGGCCACUGGUGAUGGCAAACACUACUGCUACCCACACUUCACCUGCGCUGUGGACACGGAGAACAUCCGCAGGGUGUUCAACGACUGUCGUGACAUCAUCCAGCGGAUGCACCUCAAACAGUACGAACUCCUGUGAGAACCACCGCCACCCCCACCCCCCCGCCCCGCCCUACGACCACUCUACAAGGCGGGAGCUUUCCUCCGGACUUGGAUCUGUCAGCCCCUAGCCAUGGUAGGACACUGUGUGUGUCUAGGGCACACCACGCGUGACCACCAAGCCUCUGGCUACCUCUGUUCCCCCCCACCCCCUGCCCCAGGUUUGGUUCCUUCGCUUUUGUUUUCAUUGAACACAAAAUCUCCCCCCACUCCACCCAACUCUCAUCGUGGGGUCUCUCUGGGUGGAGAUCCUUUUUAUUCUUUGAUUGAUCGGUUAGCUCAUGCAGGAGAAUUUACGAGCGAUCCUUGCUUUUCAGGUUACCACACUUGAUUGUGGAACAUGUAGUACCAUGAGGUGCUGAUUUUUUAUUUUCCCUUUUCAAAGCUGCAGGCAGGCAGGUGGCUGUCCUUGUUGCCUACGCUGGCCCAUGGCUUAGAGUAGACCCGGGGCCAGCAAGAGAAACACUUCUGCAGCCACAUUUGUAGUAGCUGAAAGCCGCAGGCAAUUCAAUAGAGCACUUCUUUGACUCUUUUACACCUAAGAGGAAAACCUACCCCAUUCACUACUGCAAAAUGUGUCUUGUCUAAGAACAACCCAAUAGCCAGGCACUCUUGGCUCAUGCCUGUAAUCUUUGCUCCUCAGGGGGCUGAGAACUGAGGAUGACAAUU